GGGAGGAGAGAGAAAGAGUGAACCCUUAGAAGAGAGAUCAUCUGUGUGAUAGAUUGACUUAGUCGGGACCGUCGGGAAGGUUUCGCGUUGCUUUAACAGGCGCCCUGAAGCAGUCAUGCAGUCCACAGGAAGUACUUCCUCUCAGCCCUCACAGGAUUCGCUGAGCUCCAGAGACAGUUUCCUGUUCAGUGACGAAGAUCCGGAUGUCUUCCUCUUGGAAGACAGAGACAUGACACGUGUAUCCCGCUCAGCUCAGUCCAAUUGCUCUAGAGGCAGUCUUUACAGUGUGGACGGAGAGCUGGAGCGUCCUGGAUCUCAGUGGGCGUGUGAUGGCUUCAGUGAAUCCCGUUACUCAGAGAGAUCGGAGGACAACACUCAAGAUAGGUCAUCGUUCCUGUCCCUCUCCACUUUGUCUUCGUCUGGAUUGGUUUGGAGCUGUUCUGAGAGCAAGCGAGGUAAAGAUGGAGGAGGAUCUGAAGGAGACCUGCUGUUUGCUCGUAAGUGUACAGAGCUCCAGGGAUUUGUCAGGCCUCUGCUGGAGCUUCUAAAUGGACUGAAGAAAGGACGAUUUGACAAAGGUCUGAGCAGUUUUCAGCAAAGUGUUGCAAUGGACAGAAUUCAGAGGAUUGUGGGAGUCCUGCAGAAACCACAUAUUGGGGAGAAGUACCUGCCCACUUUGCUGCAGAUAGAGGUGAUGUUGAAGCUUUGGUUCCCCCAAGUGAUUCCUCAAGCUUCUGUGACACCUAACCCUGCCGACCUUUCACCUCAGAACAUUUCCAGACAUGGCAGCAGCAAGAUCACUCCCCCCCACAAGCACAAAGACCAACUACACAUUCCAGUCAAGAAGAGAAGGUUGAGCUGGUCGGACACAGGCUCGCCCUCCUCCUCACCUCUCGUGGUGUGUAAGCACUCCAAAAUCAAAUGCUGUAAGGAGCAACAUCAGACGUCAUAUGUUGAUGGAGGGGAGGGUUCUUCAGGGGCCUCUCCCCAUUCCUCACACACGAACAAAUCAGAAAAGAGAGUAGGUGAAACCUCAGCACACAAGGCCAUCCGGUGGUCAGGUUCAAGCCUAACAUGGGGGCAAUUCGCUCCUAUGUUCUCCCCGCCUAAAUCCAGUCCCUCUCAUAAAGGUGGAGCGGCUAAAGAGAGAGGGAGCGGCUAUGUCCCUCUUCCAGUUUCUCCUGUCACCAACAGGAUCAGCCCAGCCAUGCAGGACAGCUCCGUCUCCUCCACCACACCUUUUUCAGAGCCAAAUGGAUGCCAAUGCCAGCCUGUCACCUUGGGGACUGCAAAUCCAUUACAGGGGCAUACCCAGACCCCAACAAUCACAAUGAAGCCUUCAAGCCUGGUAGAGAAGCAAAGCCCUUUACAAACCUGAUGCAGAAAAACCAAGCACAACCAGCAGAGAAUCUCAUCUGUGUCAGAGAGAAUGUGAAGUAGAGAGAAGGACCGAAGUGUUGAGAUGUUUAAAAGUUUUGAGAUGUUUAAAAGUUUUGUCUAUUACAAUGAUUGAAACAGUAUUUCUAAAGAAUCUUGGAGAAGUUUAAUCUCAACAUGUUAGACUUAAAUUUUGAUAUCAAUUGGAAAUUGGACUGCAAAUGAGAGUACCUAAAUUCAAGGUGAAGUGUGUAAUAUAUGUGCCAUUGUAAAAGCAAUGACUCUCUGCCAUUGGUCUGAAAAACCGAUAGUCAAACUCAUGUCAAUGGUUGAGCCAAUGUUGCUUUGUCAGGCUGGUCUGGAUUUUCAAACAAACACCAACAUUUUAUUUGCAUCAAAUUGUGUUUACACUUUUCGGAGGAAUUAGACUAUUACGUCCACAUUAAUCCGGAUACAUUUGAUAACAUCUUUGUCAUUUUCGAAACGCUCUCCAUCGUUCAAACGUUUUCCAAAAGUUGCUCGUCCACACUGAAAUGGAUGAAAACUCUUAAAUCCUGUUACUGCGCAUGCGAGAAAUUGACUUCUAUGUACGGUCUGAAACGCAAUUGUACUUGUGUUCUGUCAAGGGCCAACAAUUGAGAGUAAAAAUUUGAAAGUUGUAACAUUUAUCUUUAACAACGCUAUCAAAGUGAAUAGCAGGCACAACAACGCCGCUACAACAUCUUGAUUGUUUUGGGUUGAAUAGAUCACAUGACUGCAUCGUUUUCAGAUAUCUCCAUUUCAACCAUCCAGACUACAUCGCGGAGACAGCGUUAUCAAAUGUAUCCACUUGGGAGAGCGUUUUCGAAAAGCUCUCUGUUUGGAAAGGAGGACAAAACGUAGAGGAAACCAUGUGUUUUCAAAUUAAACCUUAUUAGUGUGGACUUGGCCUGAGUCUACAAAUGGAUUUUAACACCCAAAAAAUGAAACACUUCACCUUUAAGAAAAUGUGAUAUCAGUUGUGAAUUUGGAGUGUUUGCAAGAGUGUGUUUAAUCUGGGGGAGAAUAGUGAUUGACUUUGCUUCGAAUCCCAAAAUAAGGUCAAAUUAAGACCAGAAGGCAAUAAUUUUAAUGAAAGGUCAACACAAGGUCAAACUGGUGGCAGGAUCAAUCAUUUGAAUACUUUAUAUCGUUGAAGAGAUAUCAUAAAAAAAGGGUCUGUUUUUGCCAUAACUGUGUUGUCUCUAAAAUUGCUACUGAGAAUGUUGGUUGUCAUUAAAACUUGACAAAGCUGCCAGUUUGACAGUGGAAUAAUAAACACAGUUUUGGCAUGAAAGGCGCUUUUUGUAGCUCUAAAGGAAAAAAUGUAGCAGCAACAUAACUGACUUUCUAAUAUCUUACUCCUUAAGAAUUUAUGAGUGGGUCGUAACAGAGGAUUUAAAAAAGUUUUUUACUGCAUUUUAUAAAGGAAAUACAUUUUUCCCAACCAAGUGGAUCUUUUUGUGCUUGCAGUUGUGGGAUUUGAAAUGUAAAUGAAACCACUUUAUUUAUUUGCUGUAGAAUCUGUGAAAACCACUUGAAGUGGAAGUAUUACUAAUCAAUGCUACAUAAAUUAUGUUAGCGUGGCUGAAUUGCGUAACUCAUUCAGAUAUGGCCAGUGGCAUAUUCUGUGAUUCUCAGCCUGAUACAAUGAAAGAAAAUGAUGUACUAGCUUGGUUGGGAGAGAAUGGAAACUGUCUAUAUCUGAGUCUGCUUCAUUGAAGUAAUAUCCUUUACGUAUGUGUACGGUGCUGAUGGUCUAUGUACUAAAGAGACUGCAUAGUGAAAGCUGGGUAGAUGGAAAAACCUUGCUUUCAUAUAUGAAAAAACAAAAACAUGUCAUUAUUUACUCACCUUUAUGUCAUUCCAAUUCUGUAUGACAUUCUUCCAUGGAACACAAAAAGUGCAUUUAAAAAAAUUCUUUACAGGGUUUAUUUGCCAUAAUUUCAGUGAAUAGUGACUCUGGUCUGUCAAGCUUUAAAAAACAACAAAAACUCAUGCGCUAUAUUCCAUAUCUUCUGAAGUUAUAUAUUUUAAAUAAAAUGUUAGAGACUGACAGCCUCAGUCACCAUUCAAUGUUAUUGUAUGGAGAGAAAAAAAGAUGCUAUGACAAUGAAUGGUGACGAAGGCUAACGUUUCAAAAAGCUUUCAAACUUUUUUGUAUUUUGUCUCUGUGUUAUUUCCAGGCCUUAAUUGUUCCAUGGAAGGAAAAUCAUACAAGUUUUGGAACAACAUAAGGAUGAGCAAAUGAUGGAAUUAUUUUCAUUUUUGGGCGAACUAUCCCUUUAAGUGUAUGGAUGGGGCUGUGAUGCUAGACAUCCACUUGAAUAUGGGUCAUCAGUCAAAAGAAUGAGGGCAGUCAUCAUGAUAAAACAGUUCUAAGAUGCCAACCUGAGGAAUCUUUAUUUAUUAUUUUGUUGUUUUCAACAUUUAUUUAUGUUUAUUUGUAUAUGUAUUUAUUCCAAAGGCAGCUGAGUUCAUUGGAGCUUGGUGAUGGACUUGGAGGUUUUUAAUAUCUGUAUAAUGGAAUAAGUGGGGGCGAGGUGAAGGAAAUUUCAGAUUGGGAAACCUGUGCCUUUUCUCCAAAAGGAUGUGUGUAAAAAUGCGUACUUGUUGAUUGUGUAUUUGUAUCAAAUGAUACAGAACACAAAAGCUCAAAACGUUUUGUAAUGCAUACAUUUUGUUCAUAAGAAUACUGCAUUUGAAUACUCAAUUUGUAAACAGUGACCAAUAAAAACACAGUGAACCACAGAUACUAGUUUAAACAAUAAUAAAUAACAAUGCCAAUUGGUAGUCAUAGCAACAUUUGAAGUGAUGUAUCUUCUAAUCAUUCUCUUUAGGGAAUUGUGAUGCACCCAGCAACCUACAAAGUUGAUGGUUUGUUAAAAAAAAAAAUUUUUUGGAUUAAUAUAUUUUCGGGGCUUAAAGAAAUAUAAUGUAAAAUAUAAAUAUAAAACUCAUGUAUCAAUUAAUUUAAAAAAAAACUCGAAAACUGAAUUUUGGUUGAUGAGGUACAAAUAAAUUGCACCAAAUUCACAUGCUGCUAAAGUGGGGAUUAAAACAAUAAGUUACAUGGCCCUAGCAAUAGAAAUGCUAUAAAAUCAGAGCUGAACAUUUUGAUGUAGUCUUGUGCAUCAACUUUAUUAUAUAUAAUUUACUUUUUUACGUUGCACUUAUUUUUGUUUUAAAAUGUCAUGUUUUAUGCUGUAUAGACCUGGAGGGUUGAUCAUAAAGUAUGUCUUAUAUCUUGGUUGUUAAACUGACUUUUUUAUCUACCAUUAUUGUAUUCUCACUUUCGCCACUGGAAGAAAAAAUCUAUCCUCUUUCUACUGUCCUUCUUUCCAGUCAUAUUGUCUUUUGCCUAUAUUUCCCAUAUGCAUCCUCUCUUUUUCUCUGCGGUUUUACUGUUCUUCUGCUUUUUUCAACAAAAACACACCUUUUAAUAAACAAUACAUUUAUA